AUGAGUAGGUCACAGGAUACGGUCAUCGACGAUGACGAGGAAACUUGUCCGUUAUGUAUUGAAGAGUUUGACCUUUCGGACAAGAACUUCAGACCUUGUCCUUGUGGGUAUCAGAUCUGUCAGUUUUGCUUCAACAGUCUCAAGAACACAUACGAGAGGAGCACCUGCCCAAAUUGUCGAAGACCUUAUGAUGAAAAGACAAUACAAUACAAAAUACCCACUGCUGAAGAAUUCAAGCUCGACCAGUUGAACAAGAACAAAAAACAAGCCGCUGCGAAGCGAAAGGAGACAGAAAAGCGCGAGGUUGAGAACUCUUCCCGUCGGAACCUUGCAGGCGUGCGGGUCAAGCAACAAAACUUGGUCUAUGUCAUCGGCCUAAUACCACAAAUCAAGGAUGAGCAGGCUUUGCUCCAGACGCUUCGGGGCCCAGACUAUUUUGGUCAAUAUGGCGAAAUUGAGAAAAUCGUGGUCAGCAAACCCAAACCCGGAGCGGUCAACCAAGGAAUCGGAGUCUAUGUCACAUAUGCGCGCAAGGAAGAUGCAGCUUUGUGCAUCAACACCGUCGACGGUUCGCUGAACGGAGACCGCGUUCUUAGAGCGCAAUACGGCACUACAAAGUACUGUUCAGCCUAUCUUCGAGGGGAAACAUGCAACAACAAGAAUUGCAGUUUUCUGCACGAGACAGGCGAAGAUGGCCAGCAUAGCUCCCUUCAAAACGAACCCCAUGGCGCGAGACUUCCAGCGAAAACGAUACCCACUCCACAAGCAUCACAAACAUCCGCCCCUCCGCGGCCUUUGUCAGCGGCACAGAAUCAUUCGACAACCCAACCCAUGGCUCGACAAGGUAGCAAAGACGACCAUAGCAGCAGGAAGAACAGUCACGAUGGCUCGGCCCUGCCUUCGACUGCCAGCUGGGCAAAUGUAAAUGCUAGUGCCGCUCGAACCAGACGUACCAGCCAGGCGAACAGUCGAGCAACCCCAAGUCCUCAAACGACUCAUGCCUCAUUGGCUUCUCACAAGACGGACGAACCCAAGAUCCAGGAAGCCGCUCCGCAAGCACCGUCCGCGCCGGCGCCCAAGAAGAAAUCCCCGAAAUCCGUUCUUCCAUCACCAAAGCCCCCGUCCAGACCUGUGGACCUUGUACAAGAGCAGUUUGAUGCUGUCAUAAAGAGAAUCUCACCUAAUUACCGGUUCAUUUACGAUGAUUCAUGUCUCAGUCCCGAAGUUCGAGCAAUGGUCGAAGAUAUGCCUCGUUUGAUUGAUCCGUAUGGUGGUUUGAAACGCCGUGCCAUGCGUGAAAGAGAAGAAAAGGAACGAGCGAAACUCGAGGCCGAGGCAAAGGCUAAACUCGAAGCACAGGCCACAGCUUCCGCAGAAGAGACCCUCGACGAAGAAAAUAUGGUUGCUGGCAGUCUCGCUCUUGGUGGCGAACCUGAAGACGAUCCGAGAAGUUCUUCCGCUCGUGGAGCUAUCGGUCGCCCGGCCCAAUCCAUUGCUGACCGAUUAUCGUCGUUGGGUUUGGAUUCUCGCAGUUUGACCCCUCAACAACGCCAACAACUGGCCCUUCCCGACAGCGGCGAUAUUCAACAGGCACCCGGUCUCGGUCGGGCGGCCACGCCAAAUACCGCUUUCGAGAUGUCAGACUUUGAUCGAAGAGGACCGCAGUACAGCCAAGCGCAGUUCGAACAGAUCAGCAGUCACCAGCGACAUGGAUCUCGAUAUUUCAACACCGACUCGAAAUCUACCAGUGCCAAUCGCUUUCAAGGCCAACAGCAGGCAUUUUAUUCCAGCGGAGUUCAAGGUCCUCCCCCUGGCUUGCCUACUGCAGGAACGCCUCCUGUCAGUGGAGGUGGCAUGUUCGCCCACGGUCAGAACUUCACAAACCCCGGCUUCGGGUCGUCCAAAGAUACGAAUACAGAGGCUUACGCAAGAAAUCGGAGUGGGACUAAUCAAGGUCAGGACAUGUCUAAGCGUGAGUUACUCCUUUCUUUGCAAACAAACCCCCUUCGUUCACCUCCACUGUCAGCCCCUGCCCCUGGCGUUCUCAAUCCGCUAUAUGGCCAGUAUCAAGGAACAUACCAAGAUCCUGGACUCGUCAAGCAACGGAAAAAGGGGAAGAAGCACCGACAUGCUAACACUUCCUCUUCAGGAGGUGGUGUCGAGCAUCUUGCAGACCCGACAAUCGUAACAGCGAGAGUGCACCAGGGUGGCACGACAGGGCAGGGGCUCUUUGGGGGUAACCAAGUGGACGACAAAAACUUUCCGCCGUUGCCUUUACGUUCUGACUCCCGAGCUUCACCAUUGCAUUCACGAAUGUCCUCCUAUCAUAGCCUCCAGAGUCCGGGUUUUCGAUCUACAACUCCUAGGAUUCCACCUGGGUUUGAACUGACUCACGGUCAUCCCGUGCCGCCCUCACGGCAGGACUCGCCAGCUUCCACCAGCCAAACAGUGCGACGAGGCACCCCCAGUGGUGCUGCUACUGUAACUCCUGCAGUUCCUCUCAUUUCGCUGGGUCCACGCACGUCAACACCGAACCUUAAACAGUCAGAGGCGCCGAAGGAUGCCGAUGAAGAGCCUUCUAUUUUGGUUAGAAAGCAGAGACCUGGGGCAAGUGAGAUCAGCCUGGGCUCACCUAAGCUGCGGACAUCCCGCUCGAAAGCCGAGCUAGACAAGAAGCGGGGCGUGGAAAAGGUCGAGGGAAAGCGUGAAGGGAAAGACGAGCCCUCAGCCUCAGUAAAGAGUGGAGACGUCAAAGGCAAGGCAAAGGCAGUCGGGCAAAAGCCUGAGAAGAUAGAGUUGCCGUCAACCAAGACCAGCAGUACUACGAAGGCGCCACCAGACCCACCCUUUGCGGCUGGUGAGAAAGACAAGUCUGCCACGCCCGUUUGGGAUUCUGCCAUCGUUGGAACGCCCGGCACAUUGAGUUCGCGACCAGCUACCCCCGUCGCGGCGGUCACACCGUCUGAGACGCCGAAAACGUCUAUAUCUGGGGCUAGACCGAGAACUUUGCGCCUCACGACUGGCACCACGACGAAACCAGCAGAUCCUGCUCCAGCCUCUACUGCCACGGAAAAGCCCAACGCUUUGCCCGCCGUGUCAGCAACGAAGAAAGGGUCUAGGAGACCCUCUCUCUCUUCAGCACAGCAUAGCAGACCGUCAACACCCGCCAUAUCCGAGCAACAGCAUUCUCACGAUGCCUCCCGUGCGUCCUCUCCCCCGCAUAGUAUUGUGGGUUCCGCUCCGGAGCGGAUGAAGAGCAAGAAUCAGCAGAGGAAAGACCGGAAAGAGAAGGCAAAGAGGUCGACUGAGGUGACUGAGACUGCCGUAAGCAUUCCAACCCCUCCUGUCGUUGAAGAGGUGGCGCCUGUCAUCGCCAGGCAGAAAAAGCAAAAGAAGAGAGUCGAGAGCAGUGCGACGGCAAGCAUGGAAGGACCCACGAAGACCCGAGAAAAGUCGGAGAAGGCAAGCUCAGCUCAAAAGCAGCAUGCCGGUGUAGAGACCGCCACAAAGACAAAGAGUCUGGAAAAGGAGGACCCGUUGCCCGCUCCAAGCAAGACAGCCGAGGUGACUGCGACUCCGCCGCCCUCCACCUCACAGGAUGAACAGUCAACGAGACCUGAAGACAGCGUCGGAGCACCCUAUACACUGCGUGAUCUUUACAACGACGCCGGCAAGCUGGCUGGGGGCGCAGGCACUGCCAGUGCCGUGCAAAAACUGCUCCAGGAACAUGUCUCACCGAUGCCUAAGAUUAUCUCAUCCAUGAUUCAGUCAGGAGAUCUCUCCAAGGACCACCCAUGGCUGAAUCCGCCGAACUUUAAUUCUGCCGCCUAUAAACUCCCUCCAGAUUCGAGGCGAGGCCAGGAUUACCUCGAUGGAAACGGAUACAGUGCUAACGACGCGUUCGGAUACAUCUACUUGCCUCUCAAGGAAAAACGAGCGCUCAAGAAUGGACAUGCAGUCAGUGUUGCAGACGCAGGGGAACGGAAAGAUGAUUUGCUCAGGAGAUGUCUUGUCAUGCCCAACGGCUGGGUUCUUAGAAAUUUGAGUUCUGAAGAGAGUGAAAAGGUUAUUGACCUGGGAGAACGCCGGCAGAUGUAUUUUGAAGAAUUCGGCGAUGUUGGAACCAUGGACGGGCUGACUGUGCUCGAACCAGACGACUACACGAAUCUAGGCGGCGGCAUGGAAAGACUGAGUCGUCAUGGCGAGCGGCACGGGGUGAUCUGGGUCAUGGGCGAAAACGAUGAAAGUGGUGAUGACGAGUUCGAAACCUUCGAUGAUGAGGACGACGAAAUUGGCGGUGAAGUCGGCGAUAGUGACGAGGAAGAGCCGAUCUUGGAAGAUGAAGGUCUCGCCGAGGAGGACGAUACUGCCCUCGACCUUCAGGAGAGCGUCAAUAUGCCUGGCGCAUGGGAUCUUCCGCCUCCCAGCUUGAAUCAUGGCAAACAGAAUGUCGGUCGUGCAAUGACAACUCCUGGAUUGACCUCGGAGUCUCAGUCUCAGUCUCAGUCCCCGGCCUUGCCGGGCCAAGGGCAAUCGCAACCUCUCUCCCAGGGUGCGGGCGACACAACCGACACCGCCAAAGCGACCAAGCAUGCAACGGUGAACCUUCGCGCGAUGGAUAUCGAGAGCCUACAGAAGCGUGUCGCCGAGAAACAGAAGGAACUAGAGCAGUCACGAAAAGAGAUGGAAAAGAUUGAGAAACUGUGGACCAAGAAGUCCAAGGAUAUCGGGCGGUGGAGAGAAGGUCUUGCCAAAGGUUAG